AGGAACCAGCCUCCCCAGCCGUGGGGCAGCAGAUGGGCUCUGAGGCUUAAAUAGACUGUUGGUGCCAAAUAAAACUAACAUUUUCCCUGGGUGCAGCCAGUGCCUAAUCCCAGCUCGGGCUGGCACAGCCCAGUUGUGACCCAGGAAAACAGCACCACAACGGAGGAAUCGGGGAGGCGAGCGGCCAGCAUUGCAAUUGUAGGUUUAUCAGUGAACCGAAAAGGCAGUUGGAGCAGCCGCAACUGGUGCUGCCAUGGGAUACGAGGCUGCCCAGGAGACGGUGGUCAUUACGGUGACUGUGUUACGGGCUGGAAUGGAAGCCGACGCCGGUGCCCAGCGUGAUCCCAGACAACAGCUGUUCCAAGGGGCAGCUGGGCAGGAGUUGCUGCAUCAUGUCCUGUAUCUGGCCAUGCGAGAGUGGCUGCAAGGAGUGCUCCGGGACGAGGCCACGCAAGAGGCGCUGUGCCAGGCCCUGCGCUGGGAGCUGGAAGGGUGUCUGCAGGAGGAAGCCCUGCAGGAGAUGCUGCAAGACAGGAUGCAAGAAGGUCUCCCUGGUGAAGCCAUGGCAGAGCUGCAGCCUCUGGCCCUACAUCUGCAGCUCUAUUGGAUUUGCCUGGUGGAGGUGCUGCAAAGGCAGCUGUAUCGGGGCAUGCGUCGGCAGCUUCGGAUGGUUCUCCAGGACGAGGCUGAGCAAGAGCUGCUGUUUCAGGGCCUGCAAGAGAGGAUACGGGAGCUAGUCCUCCAGGAAGCCCUGCAAGAACUGCGGCGCCAGGCCCAGUGUCAAGCAAGGCCCGGGCAGAUACUGCAGCGGAGAGAUAGCAAUGACUCAGUCACCCACCUCCCUAUCAGUCAGUGUAGGAGAAAUGUUACUAUCACCUGCAAAACCACUUCUAGCAUUGAUGACAACAUAGUCUGGUACCACCAGAAACCUGGAGAAGCGCCAAAGCUUCUUAUCUAUGAAGCGUCUGACUAUCACACAGGCGUCCCAGCCCAGUUCAGUGGCAGUGGCUAUGGAACUGAUUUCACCUUCACAAUCAGCAAGGUUGAAGCAGUUGAUGCAGGAGAUUGUUACUGCCAGCAGUAUGAAAUCCGGCCUCUCACAGUGAUACAGAGCAAUACAAAAACUUCCCUGUGAUGUGCUGUGGGCCUUGUCCUGGCCAUCCAUUCUAUACUCAAUACAUGGAAGACAAGUCUUAUUACAGAUAGUUUUUGCAGUUAAA